GGUUUGACACUUCGUUCCGCGCUCAUUGAAUCGGCUCAGUAUUAGUCGUGUUUGUGAUACGUCGCUAGAAUAAUUGCCGCGUGUUUAUUGUGCAUUGCACACAUUGUGUUUGGAUCAAAUAAAAACCAUUUUUUGCCGCGUUUCUGAAGAAAAAAAAAUCGAGUCUUUAUGAAUUUAGUUGCAGAAGAAGCCGUAAAGCUGUGAAACAUUUUCCGAGGAAAACAUUUCUGCACGAUUUACGUCGCAGUGUCAACAGGUGAAGAUACCAUUGAACCACAACAAUUUGAAAAUGGCACCAAAGCGGGCAUUUUCAAUCGAAAACGGUGCAAGUUCAUCUCGAGAUGAACCAGAUGCAGCCAAACGACGCCGAACAGCUGAUCCAUACUGUUGGGUGUGCCAUCAGAAAGACACAAAUGUGUACUGCAAAACAUGCUUGCGGUCCUAUCAUUCACAGUGCGUGGGUCCAAAGUCGACCAAGGAAAUCCAAUGUGAAGUGUGCAUAAGAGAGGAUUUGGCCAAAAGCAACGACGCCAAAUGGCACGAGAAUUUGAAACGUUUGAAUGGUCUUUUGGAAUAUAUCAUGAAGCGGUUGCUUGAUAGUGACGAGUUCACAGUCUUGAGUAACAACUACUUUCAAACAAAGUUACCGGUCGAAUCAAGCAUUGUGAAUGCAUUCGACUUGAGCUACAUUCGAAACCGGGUGCAAAUCAGCGAAUAUGAAACGCCAUUGCAGUUUCUCAAUGACAUCAGAUGGAUCAAGCAUAACAUCAUUGCAUCAGGCAACCUUGCCGAAUUGGCGGUUGCAAAGCGGCUUGAACAGUUCUGCAAAAAGGAGGUGUACGACAUCGAAAUGUGUGUAGAUUGUUUUGCACGUUCGAAUAGUGAAGACCGUUCAUCUUGGUUCACACAGGUUUGUGAUCCACCCCAUUUAUUGGUAUGGGCACGUGAGAUUGGCCAUCGACCGUUCAAACCAGCCAAAGUGAUUGGUGUCAGCGGCAAAUCGCUCAAAAGUAAAAUUGAUGUACGAUUCUUCGGUGAUCAUGAUAUGGCUGAUGUUUCGCUCAUCGACUGUUACCUCUUCUCCAAAGAGAAUCCAAACGGAAAAACCGAUGACAAGAAUAGAUUGGUUCUCAUCAGCAGUUUGGCGGAGGCUAAAAAAUACAUCGAAAAUAUUGAGAAGAAAUUUGAAUGCAAAUUUGUGGAGUAUAAAACAAAGACACCAUUUAAUUCCAGUCGAAUAGCCGAAUACUUGAAGGAUAUGGUGCCAAACGUACAAUUGGCGGCCGAUUAUCGGCUGAAAGUCAAGCCAAUUUACUUGAAUCCACCACAGCGACGUCGAGGUCCGCUUCGUUCUAAAUCGAAAGUAGCCUCUUCAAGCCCGGUUCCGCAGGUUUUCAACGGAACAUUGAUGGAAACUCGCGUUGUGCUUGAAAAUUGCGAUCACUUGGUGGAACGAUACAAAAGAAAGGAUGGCGUGGAUCGUUAUGAGACGAUUGAUGGAAAGGGACCUGACGAAGUGGUAACAGACCGAAAUUCAGAAGACGAAGAUCGUAAGCCGCCAAAUGGUGUUGAUCAAUCGAUGAACGAUGAAACAUCGAACCAGGUAUCUGAGACAGAAGAUGCCGUAAUCAUCAGCGAUGAUGAUGAUCCGUUCAUGACCACGCAUCAAGCUCAGAGCGAAUCUUUGGAGCAAAUUGAAAAUCAGGAAUGUGAUCAAGAUGCACUGCUAUCGACACUUGAACCGCUGGACAUUUCUGAACAAUCGACUGAAGAUGACGAUAAAGCAACAGCAUCGAAUCACAGCGAAUUUGAUUUGAUGGCUCACAAUGAUGUUAUCGAAGAAAUCGUUGAAAAUAUCGUAGUUUCGGAUGCCUCCACCGAUGAAGAUAUUCCCGAAAAUGUUUUGGAACUUGUUCCGGAUAUUACGGAUACAGAUGAAGUGAAUGAACCGGCCGACAAUUCGAUUGAAAUCAACGAAGAUCUAACUAUCAGGAGCCAGUCGCUGGCCGACGAAUACGUUCCCGUUUCAGAUGAACAAGUGGCAACAUUGAUUGAAUCAAAAUCAAACAAUCAAGAAGAGGUGUUUAUGUCUAGCUUCGAUAAUGCUAUUGGAGCUGAAGAACUUGGCGAAAACAUAGAGCAAAUCGAAGAGACUGUAGCUCAAAAUGAUGUGUCCAAUCAUAGUCAAUCACACAGUUUUGUGGAAGAAUCACAAGAAAUGACACAAAAUGAAAACGAAACAGAACAAUCUGAUCAUGAAGCGGAACACACCGACCAUGAAAUGAUAUUGGAUAAGUCAAUCCAAACCUUGCCACCGUCAUGCAUGAAGAUUAAGCCAUCGGCCCAGUCAACUCCAUUUAAAUCGAUCGAUGAACCAACCCAAGUAGCUCCGAUCGAUCCAGUAAUCCAACCAGCUUUAAUCGAUCAACCAACUCAACCAGCUCCAAUCGAUCAACUGACCCAAUCAGCUAAGCUCGAUCAAUCGAUCGAAUCUACUCCAGUCGAUGAACCAUUCCAAUCGACUCAGAUCAAUCAAUCGAUUGAAUCGACUUUGAUCGAUGAACCUAUCCAAUCGACUUCGAUCGAUCAGCCAGUUCAAUUGACUCCAAUUGAUCCACCUGAAAAUAAUGAAAACGACAUGCAUGCGCGUCAAGAAAGCAAUGAAGGCGCUAAAAAAACAGAAAGUGAUGCAAUGUUAGAGCUUCGGUUGGAAUAUAAAAAGGUACUUGUGGCAUAUCAAGAUAUGGAAAAGCAGACCAACGAAGCGCUCCAAAUAGCUCAAUCUCAAAGCAAUAUUAUCACGAGACUAGAGGCUCAAGUGACAGGUCUGACGAAAGACCUAUCUUUCAAGCAAAAUGAACUGGCCAAAAUGAAAGUGGAUUAUGCAGCCGAAUUGCUAAAAGCAAUCGAGGAGACAAAGAAGAAGAUGUGGUGUCGAAGCUGCGGAAAUGAACUGGUCAAACCAUUUCAUGGAUUAUUGCAUGCAAUGGUGUGCAGUGCACAAUGUCUACAGAUGACGUGGGCCAACGAAUGCCAAACCGGUGAGAAAACCUCGAUGAAUUCAACGGUGCAAUCAUCAGGCAAUGAG